AUGGAGCUUUAUGAGUCCAUGAUAGAAGCAAAAGAGCGAACUAUGGAUCAAAAGCGUACGAUUUUGAAAACUGUUAAAAAAGAGGCGUUGCACCACUAUCAAAUAGGGUUGCGAGAGGAUUUAAGAUUAAUUGUGCGGUCGCGCAAAUAUGACACGCUCCAGGAGGCAAUAGCCGGGGCAAGCGCGGAGGAAAAGGCCACGGGAAUAAAAACAAGAAAUAGAGCGCAAUAUCAGGUACGUGGUGGCAAUAAAAAUUACAAUUGUUAUAAAUGCGGCAAGACCGGACAUUUUGGACGAGAAUGUCGGUCUAGACAGGUGUCUUUAGCUAAGCCAAGUGGCAACCGGGUAAAUGCAACAGAAAAACAUUGUAAUUAUUGUAAGAAGACAGGACACCUACGAAAAAAUUGCUGGACGCUGAAUAACAGGAAAAACGAUAAACAUUACACCGCGCAAAGGGAAACAAGACGCGCGGCACAAGAAAAGAAAAGCCGAAGCGAUAGUAGCGUAACGUCAGGAAGUGACGAAGAAGAAAGCAAAAGAAAGAAGAAAUUUGUCUCCGUAGCAGAAUUACAGAUGACCGAGGUAAAUACAGCACAAGCAGGGUUAGAUUUAGCUGUAGUACCAAUAAGAGAGGCAAAAGGAGGCCAGGUGGAAAUGUUAUAUGAUACAGGGGCAACAGUCUCACUGAUAAAGCAAAAAUAUCUGAAAGGCGAAACACCGGCAGAAAAAACCAAGCUGGAGAUCACCGGAGUUACCGGGCAUAAAACUUGCGUAAUUGGAAAAAUCAAGGCACAUAUACAAUUGAGAAACAGAAGAAUAAAACAUGCAAUAUAUGUGGUAAGAAACGACUUUCCAAUUAAGUACCAAGGAAUACUUGGAAGCGAUUUCAUUAGGAAAUACAAUGCCGUACAUAACUACAAGGAAGGACGGCUUAAGGUAGGUAAAGAUUUGAUGACACUGCGUCCGUAUGAAAGCGUAGUGUUGCAACCAAAAAACGAAACCAUCGUACAGGCAAUCACGGAUAGCAAUCAGGUCGGCAUAAUAGAAGCAGAGGAAACACGGCCUGGAGUAUUCAUAGGAUGUUGUCUAGUACAGCCAGAGAAAUAUUUGUGA